UACAUUUGAGUCUUACCUAUACCGUCGAAUCUGUGGCCAUAUCUCUCUUCCAUUCCUUUUCUAACUUGCUUGCAACUGCCACUUUUUGAUAAGGAACUGGAUGUCUCUCUCUCUCUCUCUGUGCUGGUGAAUGUUUCCCACUCUCCUACCCUUUGAUACCUUUUCCAUCGGUUUUUAACUCGCAGUGCUUCGCAAAAACAGUGUAAUUAUUGUUUUAAACGUUUUGUGGAUUAAUUAAAAUUAGGUAUAAUGUUACGCCGAUACGGGUACAUGUUGAUUAGUACACGUCAACAUCUUCUAAUUCCUCUCCGCCACCUGAGGCAAAAAAGUAAGCCUAUGGAUUCUAAUGACACAACGGAAAAGGCAGUAUUUGGCGUAGAUAUAGGUGGCACUUGUACUCGUGUUGCGCUAAUGAGACCUAAAAAAAAUGAUAAAAACGAUUUUAAACUGACUGUAGUCAAGAAAAUUCCAUCGGUUGUUUCAUUUCUAAAAGAUGGUAAAUGUCUGGUUGGUUGGGCUGCUGAAAAAAGAACAGUUGCAAGUCCUUCGAAUACAUUCUACGCGACCAAACGAUUGAUAGGCAGACGCUACGACGAUUCUCUAGUUCAAGAUAUAAUGAAUCACGUCGGUUAUAAAAUCAUUGAACACUCCGACGAGCAUGCCUGCGUAGUCAGCAGCAACGGAAACCGAGUAUUGACUACAGCGCAAAUAGAAGCUCUAAUUUUACUAAAACUAAAAGAAUUUUGCGAAAGGAAAUUGAAAACUAUUCCUUUGGAAAAUAUCGUGCUCACUGUUCCUCCAUAUUUCAACGAUAAUCAAACACAAGUUAUCAAAGAAGCAGCCUCAAUGGCUGGAUUGAAUGUGCUGGCUGUAAUAAACACUCCUAUUGCUGCCGUCCUUUCUUACUGUACAGCUUCCGAAAGUUUGAAGGGUAGUAAAACUGUGGUUGUUUACGAUUUUGGUGGCAGUAGCUUUUACGUAACCGUUUUAAAAAUCAAUAACGAAGAUAGCAAAUUUGAAGUGAUGUCGACGGUGGGAGAUCUAUUUCUAGGAGGCGAAGAUCUUGAUGACAAGUUAGCCGAUUAUUUGGUCACCGAAUUGAAACGUAAAACUGGUGUCGAUUCUACGUUAUGUACGACCUCCAUGCAGUAUCUCAAAUUAUCAGCCAAAAACGCUAAACUGGAUUUAUCCUAUCGUACCGAAGUCGACGUGAAUUUUUUGGGUUCAUAUAUGGAUUCAACCACACAAACUUCGCAUUUUAAACGUAUAACCAUAAAGGUGACCAGAGAUAAAUUCGAAGAAUUGGUCGCAGAAUUGAUUGCCAAAACACGUAGUCUGUGCCAAAAAGCGUUAAAAGACGCCAAAAUAUCCGUAUCAGAUAUCGAUGAAGUUUUAGCAGUCGGUGGUACAAGCAGGAUACCAAAGGUACAAGCCACUGUUGAAGAAUUUUUUGGUAAAGCGCCCGCUAAAAGUGAAAGAAUGGACAUCAAUCGUACCAACGCCGUUGUAGCCGGUGCAGCCUUUCGAGGCCACGUUUUAACAUCAGAAAUUUCCAACGAACAACAACCUGCACCUGCUCCGUCAAUCAGUAUUCCAAAACUUGUGAAGGAGGAUGAUGAUUUCAAUUUUGCAAUAUCGGAUGAUCAUACCAGUUGGGAAGCGUUUACGAACAAUAUAAAAGAAUCGGAGUAUUUUGACAUGUAUACGAUGGAACACGCGGAUGGAAUUGUUUAUGCAUCGUGUAGGCCCACUCCAGGACUGUCUCCUGAUGAUGAAGAUAUUUUUUAUAUUACAGCUUACGAGAUGGUGAUGGAUGCAAUAAGAGAAAAGGGAUGUGACGAAUUACCCCAAGAAAUAGAAGAUAAGAUUAAUUUGCUAAAAAAGAAAAAAGAAGAAUUCGUGGAAAAAGAAUUAGCCCGUAGGAUGUUACCAGAUCCAGACAUGACUAAAUCGUUGUUAAAAUGGAAACGUAAAAUGUGUCCUAAGUAUAGAUACUGAAAAUCCGCUAUGAUUGUUGUUUUUUGGAGGAGAUUUUAGAAAACAUUUUUGAAAUCUAUUAUAUUUUAAAUUAUUUCGUUUCCGAGCGUUGUUGCUGCUCAGAAUUUCAGCUAGGAGAUUCGAGUACAAUUUUUUAAUCAACUGUAUGUAAUUUGGUUAAAUUUGGUGAAUAACAUUUAUGUACCUACCUAUAAGUAUUUGUGUGUGCGUCAUUUUUUAUUGUAAUUUAUAAUUUUUUUAAUUUCCUCGCCUCUUUCCUAAAAUAAAACCUAUUUUAUCCUUUU